GGCCAUACUACUGUGGAGUUGGAGCAGACAAAGCUUAUGGCCGCGACGUUGUAGAAGCUCAUUAUCGGGCCUGCCUAUAUGCCGGUGUGAACAUUGGAGGCACAAAUGCAGAAGUUAUGCCAGCCCAGUGGGAGUUUCAGGUGGGGCCUUGCGAAGGUGUUGACAUGGGGGAUCACCUCUGGAUUGCUCGAUUCAUCCUUCAUCGAGUAUGUGAAGACUUCGGUGUCAUUGUAUCUUUUGACCCCAAGCCUAUUCCUGGCAACUGGAAUGGAGCUGGAUGCCAUACUAACUUCAGCACUAAGGGCAUGCGGGAGGAAGGAGGCCUCAAACUGAUCGAAGAUGCCAUUGAGAAGUUGGGCAAGCGCCACCAGUACCACAUCCGCGCCUACGAUCCCAAAGGAGGUCUGGAUAACGCCAGGCGCUUGACCGGUUUCCACGAAACGUCAAACAUCCACGAGUUCUCUGCUGGAGUCGCCAACCGUGGGGCCAGCAUUCGUAUCCCGAGAAACGUGGGCCAGGUUAAAAAGGGCUACUUUGAGGAUCGGCGGCCCUCCGCUAACUGCGACCCGUACGCGGUGACGGAAGCGCUAGUCCGCACCUGUCUGCUCAGUGAAACUGGCGAUGAACCUUUUGAGUACAAGAACUAAGUGGGCUUCCUCCGUUGUGCUCCUGCUCUCCUCCUGCAUUUCCUAGAUAUUAAUUGUGAGGGCAUGAAAUUCCAUGUUUGUGCUCCCUCUCCUAAAGCUGACCCUUUUAUUUCUUUGUAUGCGGAGGGGGGGAAGUGUAGUCUCUUUCACUGUUCUGUCAUUUGAGGGGCACAGGAGAAGACAAGUGGGAUUUUACCACUAUUUCAUGUAAUUCAUCUGUAUGUCUUUGACAGGGUUUCAUUAGCUUCCAGGAAUAGACCGCAAACUUGAGACCUGGGUUGUGGAGUGGAGAUAGAAAAAGCAUAUCUUUGGGGCCUAAUUGUUCUCCCUUCCCCCCCCCUGGAUUUGCACUUCAUGGGCUGUGUUGAAAUUAGCAAAAGUGCAAUUGCGUGCCAUUCAUUCACUUUGGUGAAAUGAAAUGGAUUUGGCAUCUUACCACCACUCAAAGCGUUGGUACUCAGUACAGAUCCAUAAGGAAGUUCUCUCAAGGGCAGGAAAACACAUAGUCCUACUUUCCCCUCGGACUCCUACAUGUAUUUCUACAUGCAGGCUUUUUUCCUGCCAGAAUUGGAAAUAUUUUCAUGUUCUUAGGUCUUAAGGCUGCAUUGUUCCCUCCUUGGGAUUAGAAAUUGUAGAUUUUAUUUUAAGAAGCUGCAGAACGCUUCGAUCUGUCCUUGGAAGCUAACUGAUUUUCUGUUUCUAACCCAAAAGUGAAAUAGUCUUUUUAUAUAUAUUUAAAUGUCUAAAAACACCCUUGAAAAUCGUUGUCCUUUCUUUUAAGGUACACUAAUUCAACCCUUUGUUGCAAGGGUCCGUUGGUUAAGGUUCGUAGAUAAAAUGGGAAGGCGGGGGAAAAAGUUUGUUGAGAAGAAAAGUUAGCUAUGUGCUGUCGUAUUCAACAAGCAGUUUGAAGGCUUGUUGCACAUAAGAGGCUGUCCGUUUACAGGCUUAUAAAUUAAAAUAGGCAUUAACUUUUAAUUUAAACUAAAGCCGCUUGGCUAUCUUAGGCCGAGCUGCGUGCGGCUGGCUGCAGCAACAGAGAUGAGCUUAUGCUUCAAAUGAAGAGUUGACUGGUCAACUUUAACCAUAUUUUUGACGAACAAUUGGCAGGGAAUGGAGGGCAUUAAAAUUUUCGGUACAGUUUGCAUUAAAGCUAGGCUUUUCAAAUGGAAGGCAAAAGAGCACAGGGUGGAAGGGGGAAUGGAUUCUUUUUUUUUGGUUGAAAGAUUUUCAAUAACACAUUUUUAGGAGUUUCUAAAGUUGUACAGUUUUACAGAGGCCGCUGCUAUUCCAGUUAGGUACACCUUGGCACUCAAACA